AUGGAAGCAGCGAUGGUGGGAGUAGAUGAUAACGAUGAAGGUAGAGAUGGUGGUAGUAGUAACAAUAAUGGAAGCAGCGAUGGUGAGAGUAACGAUGAAGGUAGAGAUGGUGGUAGUAGUAACAAUAAUGGAAGCAGGGAUGGUGAGAGUAACGAUGAAGGUAGAGAUGGUGGUAGUAGUAACAAUAAUGGAAGCAGCGAUGGUGGGAGUAACGAUGAAGGUAGAGAUGGUGGUAGUAGUAACAAUAAUGGAAGCAGCGAUGGUGGGAGUAACGAUGAAGGUAGAGAUGGUGGUAGUAGUAACAAUAAUGGAAGCAGCGAUGGUGGGAGUAACGAUGCAGGUAGAGAUGGUGGUAGUAGUAACAAUAAUGGAAGCAGCGAUGGUGGGAGUAACGAUGCAGGUAGAGAUGGUGGUAGUAGUAACAAUAAUGGAAGCAGCGAUGGUGGGAGUAACGAUGAAGGUAGAGAUGGUGGUAGUAGUAACAAUAAUGGAAGCAGCGAUGGUGGGAGUAACGAUGCAGGUAGAGAUGGUGGUAGUAGUAACAAUAAUGGAAGCAGCGAUGGUGGGAGUAACGAUGAAGGUAGAGAUGGUGGUAGUAGUAACAAUAAUGGAAGCAGCGAUGGUGGGAGUAACGAUGAAGGUAGAGAUGGUGGUAGUAGUAACAAUAAUGGAAGCAGCGAUGGUGGGAGUAACGAUGCAGGUAGAGAUGGUGGUAGUAGUAACAAUAAUGGAAGCAGCGAUGGUGGGAGUAACGAUGAAGGUAGAGAUGGUGGUAGUAGUAACAAUAAUGGAAGCAGCGAUGGUGAGAGUAACGAUGAAGGUAGAGAUGGUGGUAGUAGUAACAAUAAUGGAAGCAGCGAUGGUGGGAGUAACGAUGAAGGUAGAGAUGGUGGUAGUAGUAACAAUAAUGGAAGCAGCGAUGGUGGGAGUAACGAUGCAGGUAGAGAUGGUGGUAGUAGUAACAAUAAUGGAAGCAGCGAUGGUGGGAGUAACGAUGAAGGUAGAGAUGGUGGUAGUAGUAACAAUAAUGGAAGCAGCGAUGGUGGGAGUAACGAUGAAGGUAGAGAUGGUGGUAGUAGUAACAAUAAUGGAAGCAGCGAUGGUGGGAGUAACGAUGCAGGUAGAGAUGGUGGUAGUAGUAACAAUAAUGGAAGCAGGGAUGGUGAGAGUAACGAUGCAGGUAGAGAUGGUGGUAGUAGUAACAAUAAUGGAAGCAGGGAUGGUGGGAGUAACGAUGAAGGUAGAGAUGGUGGUAGUAGUAACAAUAAUUGA